AUGCGUGGCGUGAACUACCAUAGGUCACAACAACCCCGAGGCUGCAACGUCUUGGACAGGUCGCCACAGACUCUCAGGAGUCAGCAAACCAAGGCCUGGUCAGCUGCCUAUUUUUGUAUUGUUCAUAGCCACCGCUCUGAGUGGGUCGGGGCUGUGAGCCUUGGAGACCUAGCCGGCGUGCUCCCCUCUAUCCCAUCGUCCCCGUUCUUCCCAGCGCUGGAGUGCUCCCCGCUAUCCCAUCUUCCCUUUAACUCUCAGCACUGGAGUGCUCCCCUCUCUUCCAUCGUCCCCUUUCUUCCCAGUGCCUGCCUCCCUGGCCAUUCACUGGCUGCACCUCACUGCCGCCCAGGGUUAGCUCUGGGGCCACCUACACUUGGCAGGGAAUGUACAGUCUCAGGCUGGGAGUUGGUGACUCAGCACAUUGCUUGUCUCCAGCAGCUGAGCCAGCUGCCCAAGUUGAGAUGGCUGGGCUUUCUGGGAGAAGAGGAGGGCGCGCUGGAACUUGGGAGUGAGGUUGACCAUCCUUCUCAGUUCUGCCACCACUGUGGAACAGCCGAGUUACGCUCCCCCAUCUCCUGCCUGGAUUACUGUAAGAGCUUCCUGACCGACCUCUCUCCUUUGCUCUUGCACAAUUGCAAGUCCGUCUUCCCCAUGGCGGCGUGGACGGUGACUGUGAAAACAGAUGGGCUCGUGUUACUCUUCUGUCCGGACUCUGAUGGUUUCCCCUCUUCCUCCGAACAAUAUUAUGAUCAAAUUUGUUCCAUUGAACCCAAAUUCCCAUUCUCUGAAAAUCAGAUCUGCUUGACAUUUACCUGGAAGGAUGCUUUUGAUAAAGGUUCACUUUUUGGAGGAUCUGUGAAAUUGGCUCUUGCAAGCUUAGGAUAUGAAAAGAACUGUGUGUUAUUCAAUUGUGCAGCGUUAGCUAGCCAGAUUGCAGCAGAACAGAACCUGGAUAAUGAUGAAGGAUUGAAAGUCGCUGCUAAGCAUUACCAGUUUGCUAGUGGUGCCUUUUUACAUAUUAAAGAGACAGUUUUAUCUGCCUUAAGUCGAGAGCCUACGGUGGACCUGUCUCCAGAUACUGUUGGGACCCUCAGUCUUAUUAUGCUGGCACAGGCCCAAGAAGUCUUUUUUUUAAAAGCCACAAGAGAUAAAAUGAAAGAUGCCAUCAUAGCCAAAUUGGCUAAUCAGGCCGCAGAUUACUUUGGUGAUGCUUUUAAACAGUGUCAGUACAAAGAUACUCUUCCCAAGGAGGUGUUCCCUGUCUUGGCUGCAAAGCACUGUAUCAUGCAGGCCAAUGCUGAGUACCACCAGUCUAUCCUGGCAAAACAGCAGAAGAAAUUUGGAGAAGAGAUUGCAAGGUUACAGCACGCAGCAGAAUUGAUUAAAACAGUGGCAUCUCGCUAUGAUGAAUAUGUCAAUGUGAAAGACUUUUCUGACAAAAUCAGCCGUGCCCUUUCUGCAGCAAAGAAGGAUAAUGACUUCAUCUAUCAUGAUCGAGUUCCAGACCUUAAAGAUCUGGACCCAAUUGGCAAAGCCACACUUGUGAAAUCUACCCCAGUCACUGUCCCCAUCAGCCAGAAAUUCACUGAUUUGUUUGAAAAUAUGGUUCCUGUGUCAGUGCAGCAGUCGUUGGCCGCCUAUAAUCAGAGGAAAGCUGACUUAGUUAACAGAUCAAUUGCUCAAAUGAGAGAAGCCACCACUUUGGCAAAUGGGGUGUUAGCUUCCCUUAAUCUUCCAGCAGCAAUUGAAGAUGUGUCUGGAGAUACUGUACCUCAGUCUAUAUUGACUAAAUCCACAUCUGUGAUUGAACAGGGAGGCAUCCAGACUGUUGAUCAAUUGAUCAAAGAGCUACCUGAACUACUACAAAGAAAUAGAGAAAUCCUAGAUGAGUCAUUAAGAUUGUUGGAUGAAGAAGAAGCCACGGACAAUGAUUUAAGAGCAAAAUUCAAGGAACGCUGGCAAAGGACACCAUCUAAUGAUCUCUAUAAGCCUUUAAGAGCAGAGGGAACCAACUUCAGAACAGUUUUGGAUAAAGCUGUGCAAGCAGAUGGGCAGGUGAAAGAACGUUACCAGUCUCACCGAGACACCAUUGCCCUUCUGUGUAAGCCGGAGCCUGAGCUGAACGCGGCCAUCCCUUCUGCUAACCCAGCAAGGACCAUGCAGGGCAGCGAGGUUGUAAAUGUCUUAAAAUCCUUAUUGACCAAUCUUGAUGAAGUAAAGAAGGAAAGAGAAGGGCUAGAGAAUGACUUGAAAUCAGUGAAUUUUGACAUGACAAGCAAAUUUUUGACUGCUUUGGCUCAAGAUGGUGUAAUAAAUGAAGAAGCUCUUUCUGUCACUGAGCUGGAUCGAAUCUAUGGAGGUCUUACGACGAAAGUCCAAGAAUCUCUACGGAAACAGGAAGAACUUCUUAAAAAUAUUCAGGUCUCACACCAGGAGUUUUCAAAAAUGAAGCAAUCUAAUAAUGAAGCUAACUUAAGAGAAGAAGUUUUGAAGAAUUUAGCUACUGCAUAUGACAACUUUGUUGAGCUUGUGGCUAAUUUGAAGGAGGGCACAAAGUUUUACAAUGAGCUGACUGAAAUCCUGGUCAGGUUCCAGAACAAGUGCAGUGACAUCGUGUUUGCACGGAAGACAGAAAGAGAUGAACUCUUAAAGGAUCUGCAGCAAAGCAUUGCCAGGGAACCCAGUGCUCCUUCAAUCCCUACGCCUGCCUAUCAGUCUUCUCCCGCAGGGGGCCAUGCUCCCGCUGUGCCAACGCCCGCGCCGAGAACCAUGCUGGUCAAUACACCCGCCAAGCCCCAGCCCCCGGCCCGGCCUCCACCGCCUGUGCUUCCAGCAAAUCGAGCUCCUCCCGCUCCGGCUCCGGCUCCGGCUCCGGCUCCGGCUCCGGCUCCGGCUCCGGCUCCGGCUCCCGCGGGGACGGGCACUGCUCCACCGGCACCGGCACCCACUCCUGGUUCAGCAGCGCCCCCGCCACAGGGACCCCCCUACCCCACCUAUCCAGGAUAUCCCGGGUAUUGCCACAUGCCCAUGCCCAUGGGCUAUAAUCCUUACGCAUACGGUCAGUAUAGUAUGCCGUACCCGCCAGUGUAUCACCAGAGCCCCGGACAGGCUCCAUACCCAGGGCCCCCGCAGCCUUCAUACCCCUUCCCUCAGCCCCCGCAGCAGUCUUACUACCCACAGCAGUAACAUGCCAGCCCAGAAGCUCGACUGGUUCAGUUCAAAGGGAAGGAAACACCAGCCCUGCAAUAAGCAUACUAAACUCUGUGCUCUGGUUACUGUAACGUCCUCUGUCGUGCCGAACGCGGUGUGCAGUUUCUGUCCGCGGCUGCGAGCUGAGACUGUGCCCCAGUUCCACACUCGAUCGCACACCGAGAGAUGCUGCUGUUGCAGUGUAAACACCAUAAUAGGUGUAAUAGAAUUUGAAAUAAGUUACUUUUCAGUUCAUCAAAGUUGAAAAAUGAGAAGUUAAACCCACAAGUGAAACGUGUGAAACUAUU